UAAGUAAAGCAGAUCCGGUUGGAUUGCUGGGAAAAGAGAGCGGUAGGGCAAGAUGGCGACGCACCUGUCCUACGGGCGAGUGAACCUGAACGUGCUCCGCGAGGCGGUGCGUCGCGAGCUGCGCGAGUUCCUGGACAAGUGCGCGGGAAGCAAGGCAAUAGUUUGGGAUGAGUACCUCACAGGACCAUUUGGCCUGAUUGCACAGUAUUCACUACUGAAGGAACAUGAAGUGGAAAAAAUGUUCACGCUUAAAGGAAGUCGUUUGCCAGCAGCUGAUGUCAAGAAUAUUAUUUUUGUUGUCAGACCCAGGCUAGAAUUGAUGGAUAUAAUCGCUGAAAAUGUGCUCAGUGAAGACAGACGUGGCCCGGCAAGAGAUUUCCACAUUUUGUUUGUGCCACGACGUAGCUUAUUGUGCGAACAGCGGUUGAAGGAUCUAGGUGUUUUGGGAUCCUUUAUUCAUAGGGAGGAGUACAGCCUAGAUCUCAUUCCUUUUGAUGGGGAUCUCUUAUCCAUGGAAUCAGAGGGUGCAUUCAAAGAGUGCUACCUGGAGAGCGACCAGACCAGCCUGUACCACGCAGCCAAGGGGCUGAUGACCCUGCAAGCUCUGUACGGGACGAUCCCCCAGAUCUUUGGGAAAGGAGAGUGCGCCCGGGUGAGAAACGGCAGGAGGGUCCCACCUGAUCCCAUGUUUUGUUUCCAGCAAGUGGCCAAUAUGAUGAUCAGGAUGAAGAGAGAGUUUACAGGGAGCCAGAAUUCAAUAUUCCCUGUUUUUGAUAAUCUCUUGUUGCUCGAUCGGAAUGUGGAUUUGUUAACGCCUCUUGCCACUCAGCUCACGUAUGAAGGACUCAUUGAUGAAAUUUAUGGCAUUCAGAACAGUUACGUGAAAUUACCUCCGGAGAAAUUUGCACCUAAGAAACAGGGCGAUGGUGGUAAGGACCUUCCCACAGAAGCAAAGAAGCUUCAGCUGAAUUCUGCAGAGGAGCUGUAUGCUGAGAUCCGAGAUAAAAACUUCAAUGCAGUGGGCUCCGUGCUUAGCAAGAAAGCAAAGGUGAUCUCUGCAGCGUUCGAGGAGAGGCACAACGCAAAGACCGUUGGGGAGAUCAAGCAGUUCGUUUCGCAGCUGCCCCACAUGCAGGCAGCAAGGGGCUCCCUCGCAAACCACACCUCGAUUGCAGAGCUAAUCAAAGAUGUAACUACUUCUGAAGACUUCUUUGAUAAAUUAACAGUGGAGCAGGAGUUUAUGUCUGGAAUAGACACUGAUAAGGUCAACAGUUACAUUGAGGAUUGUGUUGCCCAAAAACAUCCGCUGAUCAAGGUGUUAAGACUAGUUUGCCUCCAAUCCGUGUGCAAUAGUGGACUCAAACAAAAAGUUUUGGAUUAUUACAAAAGAGAAAUCCUGCAGACAUACGGCUAUGAGCACAUAUUGACCUUACACAACCUAGAGAAGGCUGGCCUGCUGAAACCACAGACGGGGGGCAGAAACACUUACCCAACCAUCCGGAAAACGUUACGCCUCUGGAUGGAUGAUGCAAACGAGCAAAAUCCCACGGACAUAUCGUACGUGUACAGUGGCUAUGCCCCUCUCAGUGUGCGCCUGGCCCAGCUGCUUUCCCGGCCCGGCUGGCGGAGUAUCGAGGAAGUUCUGCGUAUCCUCCCAGGGCCCCACUUUGAGGAGCGGCAGCCGUUGCCCACAGGGCUACAAAAGAAACGUCAACCGGGAGAAAACCGAGUCACUCUGAUAUUUUUCCUCGGGGGUGUAACCUUUGCUGAAAUUGCUGCCCUGCGAUUUCUUUCCCAGCUGGAAGAUGGAGGUACAGAAUAUGUCAUCGCCACCACUAAGCUAAUAAACGGGGCCAGCUGGAUAGAGUCGCUAAUGGAAAAACCUUUCUAGGGCGUUCAAAGGAGACUUAACCGGUGAACUGCAGAAUGAACUGCUCCUUUGAAGAAGUUGCUAGAAGGAAGUACAACCCCAUGGAGGAAUAACACGAGAAUACAGAAUUUACUUUGGGGUCAGCUUCUUAAAUUAUGCUGUUUUCUCCUUUCUGCUUGUCUUUUGUGUUCCUAAUUUCUUAAAGAAAGAAGAAUGGAAGAGAAUCAGCCAGGGUAAAAGACAUAACAGUUUUUAAUGUUCUGAGCUGAGGAUCUUCAUUAGAGACCUCUGGAAAUAUGUUAAGGAUGGUGGGAUGGAUAAUCUAGACAGCCACACAGAUGGGUCCAGUUCUCAAGAAAGCAGGGACCAAGCAGGUAAAAAUGAAAAUAAAAGUGGAAG